ACGUAUCCUGUUUCCUCGCAUUUUCAACGUCUAUUAUUCGUAUCAUUGCCUAGAUUCCCUAAUUUGAUAGAAAUAAACCACAAUGGCCGCCCCAGCUACCACAACCGUCAAAGACCUCAGCGGCAAAUGGCUCAUGAACAAGAAAUACUGCGGCGACACCGACGGCGUCCUCGCCCUCCAAGGCAUCGGCUGGCUCACCCGCAAAGGCAUCGGCCUCGCCUCCGUCACCCAAGUCACAACCUCCUACCCCGAUGCCCUCAAACCCGAUGUCACGCACAUCGACUUCGACCAAGUCGUGACGGGCGGCAUAAAAGGCACCACCGAGCUGCGUACCCUAGACUGGCAGUGGCGGGAUCACACGGACCAUCUCUUCGGCAGCUUGGAGGGGCGCUCGCAGUUCACCAAGCUCGCGCAGCUGGAAGAGGCUGUUAAACAAGUUGAGGGGAAGAAGGAGAGGAGGCAUGUGCGGAGAGUGGUGGUGCGGAAAGGGAAGGAAGUUAAAAGAAUUUUGUUGGUGUUUGAUUGGGUGGUUUAGGUUCGACUGCCCAGUGUGUAUGAAAGGUGUGGAUAAUGGA